AUGUCUGCCGAAUACACCCCGGAAUCCAAUGUUGAAAGCAAUCUUCAAGAUGAUUCAUACGCAUCUCAAAUGAAGGAGCCAGUGCCGGUGCAAAGCGACAAUAAAGAUAUUGAAGAUCCAGUGGACGCAUCAUUUGCUGACUCUGAUCAACAAUUGGCACAAGACGACAAGGAGGCUAUUGACGAGUCGAACAUCAUGGAUGAUCGAACUCGAGGUGCUAAGCCGAUGGGAACAUAUCAGGAGCCGGGGGAUAAUGUAGCUGGGUUAGAGUAG